CACGCCUCAACAUCUCUCGGCUGACCAAGUCUUGACCAUCCUUCAAAACCCUUGGCUGAGCUCACUGGUAGCCAGUCAUCCAUCCUCUGCUCAUGCUUCUCCGGGCCUUCCUUCCCUACUUCCCGCCCCUCUGCUCCCUGUACCGGCACCUGGCUUCAGGGCUCGGGUUCAUGGCCUUCCACCUUCAGACCCCUCCAUGCAGUUAGACCCCAAUGACCUCAUUGAUCAUGGCUUGGUGGUUCACAUCCUGAAGGAAGGUUGGCAGUCCUACUUCCCCAUUAAUAGCCUUUCGGCAGACCUCACUCGUGCGACUCUUCACUAUGCGAAGGCACCAACGGAAUUCGAUCUUGCGAACGAACCGUCGAUAUCCUAUCCGAACUUCUGUGAAGCCGCUCGCAUGCUACCAGUGCUCAUCGGUCGGCAUCUGAACUCGCCGUUCAAGGCUGAGAUCGCCGAAUCGUUCCGGUUGCACUAUGAAGGGGUGCUGAGGUCUCACGACUUUCAGCACAACUUCGCUGC